AUAGGAUAUUCCCUUUCUUCCCCUCCCAAAUUCCAGGCCCCCUCCGCCCCGGAAACUACAACUACAGCUUUUCGGCUUUUCCUUUUUCAAAGGGAAGAAUCCAUUCACGACGAUUUUCCACUUCAACGAGAAAAACAAAGGAAAAUCUCCGCAACAAAAAGAGUAGAAUUCUCCGGCCAUGGCUUCUCGUCGCCGGAUGCUCCUCAAGGUCAUUAUUCUCGGCGAUAGCGGGGUGGGGAAAACGUCGCUAAUGAAUCAGUACGCGUAUGUGAAUCGGAAGUUUAGCAACCAGUACAAGGCCACGAUUGGAGCUGAUUUCCUUACCAAAGAAGUUCAGUUUGAAGACAGAUUGUUCACAUUGCAGAUAUGGGAUACUGCUGGUCAAGAAAGAUUUCAAAGCCUUGGUGUUGCUUUCUACCGGGGUGCAGAUUGCUGUGUUCUGGUGUAUGAUGUCAAUGUAAUGAAAUCAUUUGACAAUCUUAAUAAUUGGAGGGAAGAAUUCCUGCUGCAGGUGGCAAGUCCACCAGAUCCUGAAAACUUCCCAUUUGUUGUGUUGGGAAACAAGGUCGAUGUUGAUGGUGGCAAUAGUCGAGUGGUUUCUGAAAAGAAAGCAAAGGCUUGGUGUGCUGCUAAAGGGAACAUACCCUACUUUGAGACUUCUGCCAAAGAAGGAUUCAAUGUGGAUGCUGCUUUUGAGUGCAUAGCCAAGAAUGCACUUAUAAAUGAACCAGAAGAAGAGAUGUACCUUCCUGACACCAUCGAUGUCGGAGGUGGAGGCCAGCAGCAGAGGUCCACAGGUUGUGAAUGUUAAGAGCAGUUUCUAAACAAGGAGCGGCAUACUGGUUCUUUCGAUGGAGAGUACGUUUGAUAGCAGAAUUGUACGUACCUUAGGAGAUCGAUGGUUGCGAUUUGAUGUAUAUUUGCUUAAGUUACUUCCUUGGAGAUAUUAUGCCUGACAGCGUUUUGUGUAGAGGUUUAUAUUGAUUGGAACUGCAAAAUAUGCUACUUAAAGCUCUGCAAAAGCUCUAUACUAUAUGUCUGCACACUUUGACAAUCCGAUUCGUGGAGCAAAGCACGAUCAUGAACACUUUUUUGAUGAUGCUCUUAUUUGGG